GCACCAUCGACAUGCUGGUUCUCCUCGCCGCGAUCUUUAUCCUUCAUAUCAUCGGCAUCAUCCUGCUACUGGUGGCAACCAUUGACAAUGCCUGGUGGAUGACAGAUACCAUCUCCACUGAUGUCUGGGCACGGUGGAUACUGGACAAAGGAGUGUGGAACUACACAGAUCUCCCCUCACACUCCGCCUACCCCCAGGAAUACCUCCAAGCAGUGCAGGCCAGCUCGGUCCUGGCUUGUAUAUUCUCCAUCCUGGGCAUCGUUGUGUUUGUGGCUCAGCUCUUCACGCUGAACAAAGGACAGAGGUUUACCCUCUCCGGCCUCUUCCAGCUCCUUGCUUGCCUAUGCAUCAUGAUUGCGGCUUCCAUUUACACAGACCGCUUUCACCUGGAGGAGAAGAGCGGCUGGUACGGACACUGCUUCAUCCUGGCCUGGAUUUCCUUUGCUAUCACAUUCAUAUCCUCCAUCACCUACUUUGUCCUACGCAAGAAGACUGCAUGAGAAGGCCACCAGAAGGUUGUCUGUCGAGCCCAAAGCCAUCGGCUGGGUUUACUCUGUCGGCUAAAAUCUGAUCAACGGCAAGUUUAAAAUUGGUUAACAGCUGAUUUUCAUCCUUCGCGAAUGUGACAAGUUCUUACAUGGUAUCGUCAUAUAUGUCCCAGUAUUUCGGGGCCAUGAUGUGGAGGUCUGUCGUGUAGUUGAAGAGGAGUGCGAUUUGAGCCGUCAGUGUAAAUUCAGCCAUAGAUUAACAACUACCUCGGGUUGAAACGUGAGUAGAGAUCCACUCAAAUACUCUGACGGUUUGUUUGGGUCUGCUGGAAGCGCUAGAUAAUCAGGUUUCUCUCACACUUUAGCGGGAGUGGGGGGGGGGAGACUUUAUUUUGGUUUGGAUUAACGGGCAUGCUCAAACAGCCUCAACCAUAUUUGAGUGGAAUGCUAUUUUUCAACCCCGAGAUUGGGCCGAGUGUCUCGAAGGCAUCUUCGUAGUUAUAGUAAAUGUAUAUUAACGGUUCACAUAGCAAAGCUGAUUUUAAUGCUACCUAGGUGUUAUGAUAAAUUAAGAUCCAUUGACGUUUCUGGUUUCAACCAGGUACAAUAGGCUGGGUUUUUUAAAAUUUUGUUUAUUGUUUUUGUUGUGUACAUUAAGAUGUGGAAACGAGUGUGUCGGGUGAAAGGGGGAGAGUUUUUUGUGUGUGCAUUCAUUACUUUCCUUAUUCUAUUAUAAGAGAUUAAGCUUAAUUUCAAAUAUCCCCUCCAUGUAAUGCAUCACUAAUCCUACAGUCUAUCUUUACUGUGAUUACAUGGGCAGACACGAUGACUUGUAACGUUUUGAAAAAGCCACUUGGAACUCAUCAAUAAAUACUUUGUGUAUAUUGUAAAGAUAAUAUGUAUAGCGGGAUGUCAUUAACAUGAUAGAGCUGAGUUUGUGCCCCGAUUAACUGCAUAUAUAAAGUUUAGCUUGGAAUUAAAAUGUCCACUUACACUGUUUUUUUUUUGUACAUUGUGAUGGUGCUCAACCUGCCCGACCACUAUUAUAUUAUAAAGGUAGAUGUAGUGACACUUGAUACGAAGCGGGACGUUAUCUGUUUAAAUUAAUCAAAACUUUUGCUUAAGAGUGGUCAGUGAGAGUUCUGAAAGACUUUCAAAGCCCCGCGAAAUUUUCAGGGGAUGCCCAGGAGGAGGAUGUUGGACUUGGACGGAGUAUACACUCAUGGAUUAAUCACUGUGCCCUUUAGAUACUUGUGUGGUGUACAUUCGAAUAAAAUCUAAAUGAUCACAGAGCGAUGACCUCCAAUGUGUUAUGGACGAGAUGUCCAAGCAAGCAGAAUGCAAUUACAGAGCUGGCUCAUAUGCCUUUUGAAUCGUAACCUCGCAGUGAAUGAAAGUUAAUUAAGCAUAUCUUCAUUAGUGCAAUAAAAAGGCGUACAUCCAACCAAAUAACAUGGAAAAACCAACUUUACUGGAUAUCACUGGCUCCUCUUUGACUUUCUUAACUCACAUCCAGCCUUUACGUAGACUGACAUAAGACAAGUGCCUUUAACGAUGUGUAAAAAUAUCUGGUUUACCGUGAUUCUCAUAAUUCUGUCUUAUUUUUGAUACCAUUAUUUCUCAUUAUGAAUGAUGAUUAUUAUUUCUUGUGUAUUAAAACUCGAUUUACAACCAAUUAUU